CAUACUUCUCCGACAUGAAAUAAAUUCUAUAUUAAACAUAUUCGAAGAAGUGAUAAGAUCAAUGGCUUGGGCGACGAUAGAAACAUGUGUUGCCUUGUUGCUACCUUAGAUUAACUGUUUAGUGUUAACAGCUAUAUAUAUAGCCAAGGAGCUUCACAAAGCUUUGAUGUAGAUCAACAGACUGAUACGAAAUCGGGUAUGUUCAAUGGUCAUACGGUAACAUCUCCACCAGCCUAGAGAAAUAGACGCACUACGCAGUUGUCACAUGUUUGUGGGUCACGCAUACUCAUCUAAGUGACAACUUAUUACAAUGGCCCAGAGGCAGGGUCAUCAACAGAGAAGGGACUAUGGACAUCGAGAGAGGCCAAAUAGCGACAAAGACCAUCGUCAACAUUGCACAAUGCGUCUUUCCGAAUCCGAUCUUGAUUCCCCCAUUAGGCAAUCGGGCGACGAUUUGCGACAGCCAUUCCGAGGCAGGGGAGGCUCGAAUCAAAGAGGGAACCAUCGACCAUUUACCUCAUACAACAGAGGCAAUGGGCAUCCCAACAGAGAGGAAGAGGGACCAUCCCAUCGAGGAGGCUCAUAUCGCUCGAGUGGCCAGUCACAAAAUGAUAGACAUUUUCAUGUCGGACAAAGGGGUCAUCGAGAAGGGCCAUCCCGUCACCAGGGGAACCUGACCCUAUGGAAGCUCCAAAGAAUGCUUAGUUCGAAAAAUGAUGAUGUCAACGCUUUUGUCCUCUGGCUCAGCCACGAGAGAAAUGGAUUCAAACAGCUUCUCAAUUCCAAGAUCUCAGACACGAAAAUGAUUGAAACUCUUCUUACUUCAAUAGAUACGGCAAUCAAUCGCUUGGUACCCGAUGAGAUAUUAUUGAAUCUACUUGAUACGAUCCAAAACAGCACGUUUCUGAAUGACUCCUUCCCGUAUUAUCUGAUCAUGAUUUCACAAGACGGAGAGAUCAACAAGGCUACCAUUGAUUGUCUGCAAAACACCCUGAAACUUUUACUGGAAUUAAUGACAAGCAUGCCUUCGAGUUUCAUCAAAGUCAAUUCAUGUCUAAGCACCCUGUCUGAAGUAGUGAAGAGACAUACAAACCUGAACGAUUCAGAAGACCUUCAAGGGAAACUUAAAGAAGCAGUCGAACUACGCGAUAAUCUGUUACAGAGACAAAUGAAACAUGGAGGGAAAAAAGAAAACAAGGGACCACCUGAUGAUUUUAAACAAUACAGUAUUUUCCCAACAUUAGAUGAUAUCUACCCUAAACACGAAACAUACCUCCGUCCUAUCAAGACUAAAGGGAAGUAUGAUGACCUGGACCAUUACCUUGAUGUUCAAUAUCGUCUCCUCAGGGAAGACUUUGUGUCGCCUUUGAGGAAUGGCAUACAAGAAUACACCAACCUAUCGAGUGUCCCUGGCAAGAAAAGGUUCCAAGACAUCCGCGUGUAUAACCGAGUGCAAAUCCGGACUCCACUGUGUGGUGAGGAUGGGAUACUACAUGAUAUCCAAUUCGACUCGUCAAGACUCAGGCGUAUCAACUGGACUCAUUCUAAACGCCUCAUCUAUGGUUCUUUGUUGUGUCUGUCAGAUGACGGUUUCCAAACGCUGAUAUUUGCCACUGUUAUUAACCGAGAUAACGAGCAACUAAAAGAGGGGCGUAUCCAAGUCAGAUUUGAGCAUAGCCAUGAUGAGAUUGCAGAGAUGCCAUUUGACAGAGAAUUCACGAUGAUUGAAACAUCAGCUUACUUUGAGGCAUACAAACAUGUCCUGGUGGCACUGCAAAAAAUCCAACCAUCUUUUCCAUUUCAACGAUAUAUUGUAAAAUGUGAGAGGGAAGUCCAGCCACCUGAAUACCUCAGGAUUCCGGAAAAUGACAAGUAUGACCUUUUGCCAUUUCUACCUGAAAAUAUUAGAAAGGAGAGAUCAUCGACUGAUAUGGCGGUUGCUACGUAUGAAAACCGAUUGAAGGAAUCGUCACUGGGAUCACCAGCCUAUUUACGGUUAAAGAAGAAAAUAGAGGAGCUAAAAGAGGUAUCGAAACUGCCACCUUUGUGUAUCCUCGAUGAGAAAGACUGGCCAACACUUGAAGAAAUGAAUCUUGAUGAGUCACAGUACAAAGCUCUUCAGAUGGCGCUGAGGAAUGAAUUUGUCAUUAUCCAAGGCCCACCUGGAACAGGCAAGACUUACCUUGGGUUAAAAAUAGUUGAAAUACUAUUACAUAAUCGGGACGUCUGGUCGAAACUAAUGACCGAAGAAAGAGUUACCAAUAGUCUGUCCCCUAUUCUAAUCGUCUGCUACACGAACCACGCCCUGGACCAGUUUGUAGAAGGGAUAAGUAAAUUCUGUAAAGAAGGUAUUGUGCGCAUUGGAGGAAGAAGUAAAAGUGAAGACCUGGAAAAAUACCAUCUGUCAAAGUUGAAACGAGAGAUGAAGGUUGAACGGAAUAUUCCAGGAGAAGUGUAUCGCAGAAAGGGUGAAUUACGAGAGGAUAUAAACAAGACGGAAAUUACCAUCCAUAAGAGUGCUGCUGAAAUUCAAGUCUCUUAUGAAGGCAUAUUGCACGAGGAGUUACUAAAACCUCAUAUGGAAAACCAGAAUUGGCAAUCGCUUGUCAAAUGGACACCACCUCACUUAAAGAUAAAUUUUGGGUUCUAUGUUGUGGAGUGGCUGGGCCUUUCGAAACAACCUAAACGGGGCUAUCGUGUUGGGACAUCUGGAUAUCAAAAUGAUACACAAGGGAAUGAAGGAGAGGAAAAAGAAACAAAAAACACAAUUAAGGUUGCUGAGGAAGCCAGAGAAAUUCAAGAUGAAAGAAAAGUAUCGAGUAUCUUUUCAGAGACUGAUUCCCUUGGUAAUUAUCAAAAAGAAGCAAUGAAAAACGUCAAACUCUGUCUGCAUAGUCGGGUUCUCAGAAAUGAACACAUGGAGUUUUGGAUGAAUUAUGAUCGGCAGAAAUUUGGUGACCAAAAAUGUAGUAGAGCUCAAUAUCUCGAUGCAGGGUUGAAAUCAGAAGAGGUAAUGACAGACAUAGAAGCAAGACAACGCAGAGACCUUUGGAGGAUGAAUUAUACGGAUCGAUGGAAACUAUACAGACACUGGGUAAGAAAAUACCGCAUUGCAAAGAAAGAGAAUAUUAGAGAGAGUGAGAAGGCGUAUGAGAGGUUAACAAAGCAAAUGGUGGAAAUUCGAAUGGAAGAAGAUAUUGCUGUCAUGAACAAUGCAACUGUUAUUGCUAUGACAACGUCAGGAGCUGCUCGUUAUCAAAAUGCCCUCCAGAGGAUUUCACCAAGAAUAGUAGUUGUAGAAGAAGCUGCAGAGGUCCUCGAAGCUCAUAUUGUUGCAAACCUUAGCAAUGGAUGCCAACAUCUUAUUUUGAUUGGGGAUCACAAGCAAUUGAGACCUAACCCAACAGUAUACAAACUGGCCACUCGUUACAACUUGGAAGUCUCAUUCUUCGAAAGGAUGAUCAACAAUGGUAUUCCCUACCAGUGUCUUCAGCUUCAACAUCGUAUGAGGCCAGAAAUUGCAGAACUGAUAAGUGACAUCUAUCCAGAGCUUCAAAAUCACCCAUGUGUUGAAGAGUAUGAAACAGUCGGUGGCAUAACAAAGAAUCUGUUCUUUGUUGAUCACAAAGAGAUGGAAUCGACAGAUGAAGAGCUAAUGAGUAAGUCUAAUGAUCACGAGGCUGUGUUUGUUGUGGCUCUCUGUAGGUACCUGAUGCACCAAGGAUUCGAGGGUGAAGACAUAACGAUUCUGACAUUGUACACUGGCCAGGUGCUUAUUCUGAAGAAGCUGAUGCCGAAUGACACGUUUCAAGGUGUUAAAGUUUGCUCGGUAGACAACUAUCAAGGAGAGGAGAACAAGAUAAUUAUACUCUCUCUGGUGAGGAGUAACGAUGAAAACAAAAUAGGAUUUCUCAAAAUUGAGAACCGUGUCUGUGUUGCAUUGUCAAGGGCAAAAGUUGGGUUCUAUGCAAUAGGGAAUAUGGAGCUUCUUGCAAACAAUAGCCCCUUGUGGAAGAAACUUACAACCCGUAUGACAGAGAGUGGCAACAUUGGACAAGGUCUGGAACUCUUUUGCCAGAACCACCCGAAAGACGAACACAUUUGUGCCAAAAAUGGAGCUGAUUUUAGUGGAGCCCCUAAUGGAGGUUGCAUGAAAGUAUGUGAAAGUCGUCUAGAAUGUGGCCAUGCGUGUAGAGAGUAUUGUCACAUUGUAGAAUGCACAACAUUCAAGUGUAAAGCUUCCAUUCGAUGUGACUCAUUUCUGAAAUGCAGUCACACUCCAGACAAGGUUAUUUUGUGCCACGAAAAGCAUCAGUACGAAUGUAUGGAGCCAUGUGAAAAAAGUUGCCCAAAGGAACACCCCUGUCCAAAAGUAUGUCACGAAGACUGUGGAGAUUGCACUAAACUAGUAGAAAAGACCAUACCCAAAUGUAAUCAUAGUCAACUGGUGUCUUGUCAUUUAGAUCCAGCUUUAUUUAAAUGCAUGGCCAAGUGUGAAAAAGAGCUAGAUUGUGAACACAUCUGCCCGAAAUUAUGCCACGAGAGGUGCAUAUCUAGAUACGACUGUAUUGAAAUGUGCCAUGUUGAAUUAGACUGUGGACACGAAGCUGAUGUUCCGUGUUAUAAGAAAAGUUCCCAUAAAUGCAAAGAAAUGGUUGAACACAUCAUGCCUAUAUGUGGACACUCCCAACGAGUCGAGUGUUAUAAGUUGGAAGAACAUUGUUAUCGUUCUCUGAUUAAGUGUAAUGCUCCAUGUGAAAAGAUUCUCAAAUGUGGACAUAGCUGUAAGAAGCUUUGCUAUGAGAAGUGUGAGAGCUAUAGCUACAAUCCUUACAAUCCUUUUCUUUAUAGAAAUAACAUUGGCGACUGUCAAGAACGAUGCUUGAAAAAAUGUGACAAUGAUCAUAGAUGCAAGAAGAAGUGCCAUGAACCGUGUGGUAAAUGCAACGAGACAGCAACGGUUACUCUGGAUUGUGGGCAUACGAAAGAUGUUCAGUGUCAUGUCAAAACAGCAUUCUCGUCAUCAGAACAAAAGGAAUCGGUGAAGAAUUUCAUAAAAUGUCAGAAACGAUGUGAAAGAAAAUGUGAAAAAGGACAUACGUGUAAGGGAAAAUGUUGUGAAGAAUGUAAACCUUGCACUGUAUAUAUAGUCAAAGAAAUUCCGAAAUGUGGCCAUAAACAGAAAAUGGAAUGCAGAAUUGAUCCCUCUGAAAUUUCCUGUAAAACACAAUGUAAGAUCCGACUCCAAUGCACUCAUGAAAUCACAGUGCAAUGCCACCAACUGUCUGACACCACAGGUAUUACGUGCUCCAAACCAUGUUCCAUUAAGUUACCUUGCGGGCAUACGUGCGGAGGAACAUGUGCAAGCUGUCAUCAAGGACAUGUCCAUACUCCAUGUAAGGCUACAUGUGACCGUUUAUUACCAUGUGGCCAUAAAUGUACUAAGCCAUGUGGAUGUACUGACUGCCGACCAUGUAGGGAAAAAUGCAGACAAAGAUGUGAACACAGGAUAUGCAAUCGAAGUUGCAGUGAUCCCUGUGUACCCUGCAAUGCUCGGUGUGGUAAAUCAUGUCAGCAUCGCUCAUGCAAAAAUAUUUGCAGCAGCAAAUGUGGUGACCCACCCUGUAAGCUGCAUUGUCCAAUAAAAUUCACAUGUGGAAAAUGCAGAAAGAAGAGGCCGUGUCUUGGUGUGUGUGGAGAGAGAUGUCCAAAGAAAUGUAAAAUCUGUGAUCGUGACGAGAUUAACUCUGCUUGGAUUGGCAAAAAGCUCACUGAUGGGACUCGGUUUAUCCUGCUGGAGGACUGUAACCAUCUCAUAGAAGUGAGUUACAUGGACAACCAUAUGGCUGCUGAUGAUAAGGGUAACACUGUCAUCAAAGCUAGAACAUGUCCAAAAUGUGACAAACCUAUCGUUCGAAGUAGGCGUUAUAGAAGUGCCAUUAUAGAUCUCUUACAUGCCGCAAACAUAGAACAAGAAAAGAAGGUACUACUGGGAAAUGAAGAAUUUAUAAAGCUCAGAGACGACAUGGCUAAAACAAUGAAAAAAUUAGCUAUUGUAGACAAACAAAAGCAUUCUAGCUUAGAAUUUAGAUUGAAAACAUCAAGAAACAGGAACGAAGUUGAUGCUGAUCAACUGAGAGCGAUAAUGAUACAGGCAACUGUAACCAUUUCAUUAGCAGCCCUCAAAGGACAUGUGAAUGUCAACGAUGAGAAGACCGAUAAUCCGAAUAAGAAAUUACUGAGAGAGUGUAUAGAAGCAUACACAAAUGAAAUACUUUCAGUAAGGAGACUUGUGUCCAGUUAUGAGCUCAAGCAAUACAAAGAGGAACACAGACGACUGGCCUUAUUGAUAAAAGACAAUCCCGAAGAUAUCCUGAACUCCCCAUCACCCAGCACAGUCUCCAAGAUGAUGGCAUUGGCUGAGAAGUCCCUAAAGACCUGUCCUGAAGGAUACCACUGUGGAGUUCUGGAAGAGUUGAUCAUACCUAACCAUGAUAGACAAUCAGAAGACGUCUGGAUGUUGUGCUUUAAAGGUCACGUGUGGAAAACAUCAAAUGACGUAACCGAUUGCCCAACGUGUAAAGCUGAUGGGACUACGUUUGUGAAGAAAGCGCCAAGAACGAAUGUGGAUAAAGCAUCUGCUCGUGUCAAGAUGAACGACGUCGAUAAACACAAUAAACAAACUAACGUUAGAAAUAAAGAAAAAACUCCUCCACUGGGUGUUCCAGGCCCAGGAGAGGUGGUUGGUAUAGGCGCCAGGGCUAAAACCCAUUCUGCACCACAUCAGGGACACCACGGUCAUAAAGACACUCACUCUCAGCAUCAUGGGUACCAACCUGGAAAACAUCCUCGGCAACAAGGGUUCCAGGGUCAAGGUCAUCCUCAGCAAUCCAAAUCAAGAGCAAAAGAAGCGUGGCCAGAUAAUAACAAAUGUCAAGUGGUAAAUCCUGACAAGAGACCCGUUGGAGAUAACAAGCAGCUCUCAGAGAAUGUCAAAGAUAAAACUGUCGAUGGGGACAAACAACUACAACAGAAACCCAAAGCAGGUGGAAACCCUGCAACGUCUACUGGGAAUUCAAAGAAGAGACAAAAGAGAAAGAAGAAAUAAUUGAUGUCAAGACUUUAAAAUCGCAUCAUGGACUUUUAUAAAAUGGGAAUAACAACAGUUGAACGAUGAUGAGAAAUGAGAACAAAUGUUCAUUGACUUAGUAUGCCUUUAAAAUGUGGC